GGUUGUUCAAUUUCAAUAUGGCGGAACAGGAAGGGUUUUGAGGGAUGAGGCAUGGAUUUGAUCUAUAACGUGCUGUGGUCAACAGAAAAGCCUUUAAAGAGGUAAAAGGAAUCUUAAGUACUUUGAUUAUAGCACAUGCGAGUCUUGGUUCUCUUGCGUUACCCUUGCAUUGUUUUUGUCUUUGUCCAAAAUAACAUGUACAACUGCUGAAGAAAGCUGAACCAGAAAAAAAGCUUGGGCUUGUCAUUAUCGUUGUAACAAUUAUAUUUAUAUCAGGUGUUCUGGUGAUUUCUGAAGGUUGCUAAAUUUUAUGACCUUUUAGUAUGUUGUAAUAAAGGGCUGAACAGCAACAGUGCAUUUGUAACAGCACUGUUUACUGGACGUUUUUGAGUGAAAAAUGAAUUCAGUUUUUCACUUUAAUGAACAAGGAUUUCCGAAUUGUGAGUCAGACUUGAGAACUUGUCCUAUGUGAGUGUGAUUAAUGCUUCUGAUCUGCAAGUGCAUAAGUCACCCACAAUGUGGACAUGGGAUAAGGUAACUCGUCAAGUUACCCGAAAGUCAUCUCACCUGAGGUUAUGUCUCCUGAAACCAGGGUUAUGUCGCCCAAAAUAUAUUUUUAAGUUAUGUUACCCAAAAUUUUAUUAGGUGCAAUGCACCUUGGCUUGAUCACUCUACUGCUCGUAAUAAAUUAUCCAUUGUUGGGGUGAGAUAAAAAGCUUAAGAGCUUAAGGAGUUGGUGAGGUCAGUGUAAGCCUUACAACUAGUCGAAAGGGUGGCUACGCCCCUGCUAAUGCAUUGUAAAUGAUUACUUUUAUAGAACUAGCAGUGAGGAGCGAGGAGCAAUGGCUGCUUUCGUAGGCUAAUACAGAGCCUGAAGCUUCCAGAUUUUUUUUUGGUGACUUCAUUUUCUAAGCUGUGCUCCUCACAUUUUUUUAGCUGAGCACCUAAAAAUUUUACAGACUUGGGCCUAGAAAUUUACAACUGCUAGCACAUAUUCUCCUGAAGCCAAAAAUAAACUUUGAGCCCUGUUAAGGGAGCUGGUUUAGAGAAAAACAAUCAACAGUAGCAACAAGGUUUUAAAAAAUCUUUCUUUAAUAUUAUUAUUACCUCAAUUUGGCAAAAAAAAAUUACAGGUGUAGUCUAUGCUUUUCAUCAGCCUGUAAAUUAGACUACCUUUACCUACCCUGUUUAUGAAGUAGCUGAUAUACAUUUUUAUUGAUACAAAACAAAUGUCUAAGCAUUAUUCUUCUGAAUGUUCUGUAGCAAUCUUUGUGGAAAAGUUGUGGCUGCUUGGUCCUGCAGAAAUCUAAUAGCAUUCAGUACUGGGUACAGGAAACUUACAUGUAGUACUACUGAAGCGAGCAAUGCAUGCUCUUCAAAUGACCAAAAUUCAAGGUAAAGAUACGAUAAUACUAGUAUAUGAUAAUUGUUAUUAAAGUAUGUUGUCUUGCAUGUUUAAAACCAACCUUGUUUUGACAGUAACUUAACUUCUUUAGGUCAAUAAUGUAAUGCAAACGAGCAUUAAGCUUAUUCUAAUUUCAAAAAGUAGAAUGUGUUGAAAAAUGUUUCCUUGCAUGUACAUCACUUAUAGCCAAAAAUUAUUUGUUAAAGGUUACCAUCACUCUCCUAACAUUUUCACCAUUCUUCUUAAUUUGUUCUUUCUUUCCCCCUUCAUCGUAAUAACCUGUUUUUUUAAGUGUAGUUAUCCUUUGUAAAAUGUUCUAGAUCACAAAUAACAAAUGGCAUCCACAUCUUUGAUCCGGAUACACCAUGGGAUGUUUGCAGGUAAUUAUGUUUAUGCUGUGUGUCUUACCUUAUUGCUGGUCAAUAUGAGUGAAAUUUGUCCAUAUCACAAAAGCAUGCACCAAAACAUGGAUUCUUCUUUUAUUUUUUCUUUGCUUGUACUAUUCCACACUUUUGCAGGGUUCCUAGUACCAUUCUCGUAUUAAUUUUUCACACAUGCUCAAGUCCUUUUGCUUGAAGAUCAUGGCUACAUUAAUCUUAUGACCAAAUCAAUGUAUGACUUUUGCUUUUUAGUUGUGAGCUAGGGGUAGUGACAAAUGAGCUUCUUGGUAUCCUUGUUACAUACAUUUGUAUCCUUGAACCUUUACAGUAAAUAUACAUUGUAUUUUGUAUGUAAAAUCCGUUCUUAAUUUAAGGUCAUGUAGAGAAGUAUAAUAAUUUCAACCUGGUCUGAUCUGGAAUGUCCUUUGUUGCCGGGUUCUAAUCAUUUGUGGGGUACAAUGGAAAUUCUGGUUUAAACUGAGAACAGAUCUCGCCUACAACAUAAUGUAGGUGAAGCCAUAUUCCAACCUUUUCAUGAAUUGCCCUAGAUUUGGUCACCUGGCCUGAGAAAUUUUAGGUUAGCAAAACAUUACAUUUUUCAGUUGCUGGUCUUGGACUAACUUUCAAUAUAAUUUUGCCUUGUUAACGACUGAUGACUCUGAAUCUAAAAAAUUGCUCACAAUAGUGGGUACCUCUGGAUGAUGAAACUAAAUUUUGUACAUUGUAUUCAUUACUACAACUGUGCAUAAGUGAGAGUGAUGGAGCUUACAGGGUCUUUGAAGAGAAAAAAUAGGAAAACUGAGACCUGUCCCAACAUCUUAUUUCAAAGACUUGUUCUACAAAGUAUUAACCAAGUGUAUGCAAUAGAAUGCUGUUUUAAUAUUGUAUCAUUUUUUUGAAACUCAAGUUUUAGUUCUGGUCACAAGGAAUUAAUUCAAAGUCUGACAUGGGAUGGCACUGGUUCAAGACUUCUUUCUGCCGACCUUGUUGGUGUGUGCAAACUGUGGGUUAUGAAGGUAAAAAAUAAUGCUGUAAGCAGGCCUGCAAAUAAUGUUUCUUUUGUCUGACUAGGCCACCAUUUUGGUCUAACAGACUAGAAACGUUGUUGCCCAUGGUUGUUCCCUGGUGCCUUUAUAAUUUUGCUCUUGUGAAACUAAGAAAUUUAUUUUUUUCAUAGAAAUCUAACACUGGGCACCCUGCAUUUUACAGAUUCUGAGCACUUUAUGUGUAGGCUCCCUUCAGGUUUUCCUAGAGCUCAGCCUUACAAAGGACUGUCACACAUACAUGCAUGUAUUAUUUUAAGUGAUACUUUAAUUUUAUGGUAUCCGUUGUUUUUUUACUUUUUUGUUACUUGUUUCAAUAUGCUUCAACAGGGCCACAACAAAAAGUCUGCUGACAGACUCUUUAAAAAUCCUGAAUUAAGAGUUUUAAAUUGACAUACUGAAAAGCAAAUUCUAGUUGUUGUUUCAUGAUAUAAUUUUAACAGGACCACAUGGUUAACGACUGGGAGUGUGUGUGUACAGUUGAUGUUGGUGAAGGAGAAAGAUUAGUGGCUUUGUCAUGGAUAGACACUGGUGUCAAGGUACAGUGUGAUACUUUAUAAAGAAGAUAAAAUGAGCUGGCUUGCACGAUUUUCAUUUGACUGGUGUUGUGACAAUGGCACAGGUUUAGCGACGUUAAGUUUGCUUCUCACACGAUAAUAAAGGACUCGAAUUCUGAGUUUCUCCGUCUCGAUCAGAAAGUGAAAGUUUAUAUCCCUGAGUUUUGCUCUCGAUUAAUGCUCACCGUGCAAAUAAUUUUUUUAAUGCUUGUCUCAUCGACGACUGAUGAAAUCGGCACUUUGUGACUGGUUUUUUUAAAAUCGCGAGUGUAAGACUAGUAAUGGUUUUGCACGAUCAUGUGUUUAACAUCGGACUGAAAGUAACUGUCACGCUAUUCGUUUGUUAAAAGUCCUUAGAUGUAAACCGUUAGACAAACGUUAAAAGUCCCUAGAUGUAGAGCGUUAGAUAACCGUUAAAACAUUAGAACAAACUGCGUAACCGUUAGAACAUUUUCUUCAUCCGUUAGACAUACUUAGUUAGCCGUUAGACCGUUAGGAGAAAGCGUUAGAACGUUUUGAUCAUCCGUUAGGCAUAGAAAACCGUUAGAACGUUAGGACAAAACGUUAGAAUGCUGUGAAGGCAACAAUCCGUUAGCUAUCCGUCCGUUAGAUUUAUCUAGUGUUUGUCAACAAUCAAUAAAAGUAAUAGGCAUUGAAGAAUCUUGUGUGCUCCAUAAUUCUCUGCAGCAAUAAUAUUUUUUUAAAAAAAAGUUCUCAAUGAGCUCUUUCUAAUCAUCUAAAAAUUGCAAGUAAAUUAUUUUGAUUUAAUGAAUUGGUAACCUGGAUGAUACCUUAAGCUUUGUACAAGGGUUUCAUUAACCCUGGAUGAAUUCUGAUUUCACCUGAGAAUGGAUUUUACCUGCAUUGCUAUAGUGCGUAAAGCAAUUAUGUAACUUCUUCAAUAAAACUUCUUUAAUACGUUAACAAACACGACACACCUCAGUCUAACAAAAGUGUUCAGUGGCAGUGCAGUAGUGAACAGCCACUUAAUAACACUGUACAAAAGGUCAAACCAUGGCUAUGUAUUUUUUUUUCACAUAAUUUAAUGUUUGACAUAAUUUAUUUUUUUAAAGAGCUAAAGAAAAAGUUUUACUGAGUUGUACUACUCUAUCUUGAUUUGGUGAUAAUGACUUGAGUUUUGAUGCAGCAUUACUUACAAACAGAAUCUGUUCAGCUUGUUUGGUGAUGAUUCUCAUUUUACUGCACCUGUUCCUAAGAAGCUCAGUGAUCGCUUCAUAACCAACAAAAGCAAACCCCCAUUGGUGGAGAUAGGAGGCAUGAGAGCCCGGGACGGUUGGGUGGCAAUCAGUGAAACUGGUCUAGUAAGUUGUCUCUUGAUUCUUGCCCGGCCCUCAUCAUUUUUUGUUUUAUUUUGUUUUUAGUCAUUACAGUCAAGCCAGGUCAAGCGUACCCCACAAAAUUCCAUUAAUGAAUUUAUUGUUCGAAAGUUGAGUCUGUUGGCAGUUGUAGAUUUCAGAUUCAUCUCUACAUUCUUGCAUGCGUAAUGAGCCGUGUAUUCACAUGUGAUUCAGUUAUGAAAUUUCUACCAGCUCAGUUUCCCUGAAUUUGAUGUAAAUGUCUUCUAAGAAUUUUAAUUCAUUCAAAGAUUUUCAAUCUGACCAAAUACAAACAACUUCUCGUAAAUUAUUCACUGCUUAUUACGCAUGCAGUAAUUCUGAUUUGAAUUUGACACCAGUUACGGGAACGACUAACGGAUUCAUUUUUCAAAUAAUCAGUUCAUAAUAGAAUCUUGGGGGGGGAGUACGCUUGACCUGUUUUGACUGUAGAAAAUGACAGAAAGACAAUUCUAUUUUGAGGAAGGAAGGGGCACUAGGGCCUUCUGAAACAAGGCAGGAAAAAAAAUUGAAAUCCACUUGCUCUGUGAGCAAGUAAAUUUCAGUUUCCACUUGUCCGCACCUAAAUAUAACUUGCCCGAAUGGAACAAAAUGCCUUAUCAUCUUAAGUGAGGUACUGUACAUAAUCAAUAUAAGUUAUAGAUUAUAACAAUUAACUACUGGGUUUGACCAAUAUGGUGAUGGGAGGAGUUUCUGUCUGGAAAAUAAUUAUCAGUUGCCGACACUGACACUUUCAGACAUACUCACUGGACCACUAAUGCUAAUUUCUCUUGCCCACUGGGUCACCAAACUUCAAUUUUUACUUGCCCAUGAUCAAAAUUUACUUACCCCAGGCAACCAAUGCUUGAGUUUUUUCCUGUCCUGUGAAAACCACUAAAUUAAAGAAAAAUAUAAUUGAAAAAUUGGAACACCUGUAGGCUUCAACUAUCAAAAAAAGGCACUCAAAUAUCCAGCUGUGAUAAAAAAGGCUUGAAUUUAAAUCAAAAGAAAAUAAAAAUGUAGCUCAAAACUUUGUUUGCAAGAUGACAAUUUUCACCAAAAGAAUUAUUCUUUUGGUGAAAAUUAACAGCUUGUGUGCAGUUUUAGUCAUGUAUAUUGUAUACAAAGCAAAAAAAAAAAAGAACAGAAAACUAAAACUCUGUUUAUUUUAUGAAAAUUUUUCUUUCAGAUUUGUGUUACAACCACAAAACCUGAGGUACAAAUCACAAGAAAGUGCUUGGCACAGGUGCGGGCACGAGUUGCUGUAGCUGACCUUGCAUUUACCAACAGUAAGUUAAAGAUCCUGACCUGAAAUUUUCCUCUGGAUCUAUCAGUUACCCGGUGUCUGAUCUAGGAUUUCCAGUUAGGGGGCCAAUGUGUCCCAGUCAACAAUAUUCAGUGGAACAUUUUGUUUUUUGGAGGGUCUUAUUUGUUUUUUAUUUUUAUGUACUCAGUGAAUAUGUUACCAACAGAUGUCAUAUUCUCUGAAUUUUUGUUCUUGCUUUACUUUUAAUCUUCUAAAAUGUAAACCAAAAUAUUCUUUGAAAACGACUUUGCACAUGGAGAAAUAACAUUUCCUUGUGUCUUUUUCUUUUGAAAGACAAUUUGAAGUGCGCCAAAAUGACCCAGAACAGGUUUUUGAAGGAGACAUCUUUGCUCAAACCGUGGCAAUCCCGCAAUGGCAUGCUCUAGAUCAGACACUGGUUUACCACUUUAAUUUUGUUUAGCUUUUAUCUCCUAUACCCCUUUAUAAUUUUAUAAUAAUAUUAUACUUUAUUGAGUAUGCACCUUGUUACCACUGCAAGGUUCAUUCGCAUAAAUCUUAGCAUCAGUCAUAAUAACUGAUGAUCUGCUUCCAGCCCAGUCAAACUCUUUAAUGCCAGAUGUUAGCAGUCUGAGUGAUAUUAAGACAGCGUUCAUCAGGAAAUUGAGUAAUUUCAAUUUUCAGUGGACAAAAAGAAUAAUAAUUUUAAAUUAUUGGUCUGAUUCUUUUUUACACUUUUCAAGGGCUAUAGAUGUAAUAACACCAAAGAAAAUUUCUUAUGAGAGCCCGAGAAAGUAAAUGCCAAAUUUCACAAAAUGACAUCUUACACAUGACAUUUUUAGAAUUUUACCCAUGUUUUCACCAUUCUUGUGAAAUUUGACAUAUUAUAUAUUUUUUCGGGCUCCCAUGAGAAGUAGUCGUUGGUGUUAUCAAAAGAAUGCAGUAUUGAAAUUGUUCUGGUAGAAGGUUUUUGUUCACUUAUCUAAUAAUUAAAAUUCCUCAAUUUCCUGAUGGAUUACCUGUAUGCUGAAUAUUACAGCUGUAGUACUGUAUACACUGUACAUUGACUAUUUUUCAGGAUACUCAGGGCUUAAAGAAAGUCCUGUCCCCUUGUCCUGGACCAGUAGAUUGUCAUUUUGGGCAUAAUAAUUAUUUCUAACCUCACUUGUCCAAUAGACAAGGGUCCAGGCGCCUGUUUCUUGCUGGUAACUUUUUGGGCCCUAAAAGCUGUUUCAAUUUUGCGGUGUUUGCGUUCAAAAUCAAACUUUCACUAAUUUUGAAAAUGAUACAAUGAAACUAUGAAAUAAUGAAGCAAAAUUGACCAGUUUCUGAGCUAGGAACUGUGCUACUAAUGAACAAGUUUUGGUUUUAAAAUUUGCCUUUCAGUUUGGGCCCAAAAAGUUACUUGGCCUUUCAAGAAAAUGGCCCCAGGCAAGUCAUCUGGUAAUUAAAUCAUUAGGUACACUAGGUAUUGCAGCCGAAGUAUGCAGUGACCCUCCAUGGCAAAACAAAAAUGUGAGAGAUGCUUGUGUAAAGGACAAGCUGGAUUUUAAGCUUUUUUGGAGCUCUAAUACAACCUUGGCAAUAGAGUGUAACAUACAUGUGUUGUAGCCUUGGGUGAUUUUAAAAACUUAAUUUCAUGAUCAAACAUUUAAGCAAUGAACCCCAAAGUAAUUUUAUCUGGGUUGGAACUUUUCUGCUCUAAUCUAUAGUAAGAUGAUAGUGAGGAGGCCAGAAUCAGAAUCAAAUUUGUCGUCUUACUGUAUUUCUUUUCUGUUAAUUUUCUGGCUUUAAUUUUAUCACCCCUUUUCUUGCCCAAAAAUGUGUAGUGUAAAAGGAGACUUUGCUAGCAUAUACUUGAUUUAAAGAAUGUUAAAGUAACUUUUUUGGUAAAAAUCUUCUUUUAGAGGGCAAAGUGAUUGUGGUUACAAACGAUGGUGAAUUAUGCAGUGCAGUACAGUUCUACAGAGUUUCUUUAUCUGGUGGUCCAGGUAUUUAAAAGUUGCUAAAAUCAACUGUUAUAUCAACACCAUAUUAAGUAUUAAGUAUGGAGGAGAAGUCUCAAACUUCAUUACAGCCACACUGUAAAAUACCCUGCGAAUCAAGAGGUGCAGGUGGGUGACGAAGAAAAAGGGUGUGGCUCUUUUCUAACCCAAUCCCUGCUUGCUUCCCCUUUCUCUGUUCCAAGAAGACAUUUCCACGAGAACUCCAGCUUUUGUCACUCCUCAAAACCAACAUCUCCAAAUUGAAAUUCGAUCUUCAAAGUGUCUCCAGUUUGUUGGGAGCUUUUAAAGGGCCAGAUGUUUAUCAUUUCUUGAAAAAGUCAAGUGUCGCCCCCUCUUAAUAAGGUUAGUUCUAAUCCCCACAGUCGAAAGCUUGCAAGCACCCCGUAAAGAACAGUCUGAUGGUAGUGUGUUUUUUUAAAAGGAUGAGGGAAGGGCUGAAAACAAGAAAUCCUUUUGUAGUUCAAGUUUUAAGUUUCGAUUCAUAAAUAAAAAUUAAUUGCACGAAACAUCACUAGCCCACAAAAUAGCUAAAGUUAAUCUAGGUGGGCUGUGAGACUUGAAAUCGAAUACCGUAAAUUCCCUAUGAACCCCUUCGAGAAGGCUUUUUUAUUUCAAGCACGUUGAAGGGGGAAGGGGCUUAAUAGAGAGGGGGGUUUAUUUGAGAGGGGAUUUCAUUGGUUGAAAGAGCAGUAGAGCGUCCCGUAUCAGCAAAUUAAAGUACACUUACCGAUAAGGGGGGCUGUACUGAUUUUAAACCAUCCAGAAGAUGGUAUCAAUUCGCCAUGAAGAGCUAGGGUGCAAAGUGGAAAAGCAUGACGAACAUGACGUUGGGGGUAUUGCAGCCGAAGAUCAAAGCAAUUUCAAACUUACAGCACAUGAAUAAACCAUACUGGAUCAUUCCAGCUUUUAAUAAUUUGGUUGUGAAGAAUAAGGACGGAAGGGAGGUGAACUUAAAGAGAGGGGGACUUAAUAACUUUCUUCCCCCGAAAAAAAGGGGGGGCUUAUUAGAGAGGGGGGCUGAAUAGAGGAUUUACACGGUAGUAAAGAUUAGUAGAGGUUGAUAAAGCGUGGUAUGCAGAGUAUUUUCCUGGAGCAAAUCUACAUUGUGAAGACUGUUCGUAGCUUUAUAUAACACAAUGUUGUUGUUUUUUUUCAGAUGGCUGCCAGAUCACCUCUGAUCCACUUCCCUGUUUGUUUCCUCAUUCUCACAGUGAGCAAGACUGUAAGUAAUUUAUUUUCCUUUAGAAGACAGUUAAAAUUUCUUUACCCUUUUUGUUUUAAAUUGCACUAGAAUGGGAUUUCGUUUUCUGACCUGCAUUUCUAGUCCUAGUAAAAGUCUUUAUUUAUUUACUUAUUUAUCGGAGAACUUGACAUUCUAAAACGAGGAACACUCUACGAGGUCUAGAUUUUUAGCAGAGCACGCGCGUGAACCCGAGCCAUUUUGGCAGGAAAACUCGAUAUCCGUCGUCUUUCUACCACGGGUUGUAGUGGCGGAAAAAUGAGUUAUCAAAUGUUACAAGUUUUAUCAUUAUGCAUUCAUGGGAGGUCUUAACCUCCUCCAAUAAAAAUAACCAUGCUCACUUUUCUUGAGAAAAAAAGUAAAAUGACUGUGCCUGGGAUGUCUAUUUUUGGGAAUACAUGAAAAAACACUUUAAGUCAAACUUCUUCCUGGCGGUUGUCUUCGUCCUCGAAUCUAAAGGACUCUCUUUUUCAACCGGACAACUUUCUGGUCCAACUUUCACUGAGGGUUUCAUGCAGCUGAUGCGAACAUUUCAAGUGAAUAACGUUGUCUUAUUGGAGUUGUAGUAGGCUUCACAGUAAUGAGUCAGUGUACACGUUUUAGAAUCACCGUCUACAAUGUUUUCGAAUAACUAUAUUUGCCUACUUUUAGCUGUUUUUGGUUUAGUCAUCUUCUGUCAGCUUCGCUAUGUUAAUGGGUGAUUUUUUUAAAGCGGAAUUUGAUUUUUCAGUUAGUUCCUUCUUUUUUCAGUUGCAGAAUACCGUGUGAGUAACAUCCAAUUUUUAUCCAAGAACUCUGGAGAAGGAGUCUUAGUUUGCACCUUUGGUGAGUGUGAUAUGCAUUCACUUUAGUUUCCGGAUUCAAAGUCUCUGGACACGCGACCCAAACCGGAAUGUUUUUAUUUAGAAUUCAUGCAUUUGCGUGAAAAGGGCAAAGCGGUUCCCUUAAAAUCUUCUGAAAUGUAAACGUAGCCAUUCUAAAACUUAGAUACUUUCUCUUUUCGUCAUUUUGUUAUGAAUAACUUUAUAGCUUGCUUUUAUUAUAGGGAUUACCAACGUAACUCAACGUGUAACGGGAAUAGGGCCUUCGAAGGGUAUCAGCUUUCUUUACUAUAUCUUUACUGUAUCAGCUUUACUUGACCUUUUCAGUGGUUUGUGGUGACAAUAGGAACAAAUAAUCUGAACACACCAAAAGUUUUAUUGAGUCUUGAUAAACCGAUCGGGCAUAAAAUUCAUAGUGCUAUCCACGGGAUAAAUCACUAUCUAGCAGAUAAGUAUUUAGUUUGGAAAACCAAUUGUCCUAUCCACUAGAGAGAGAUUAAUUUUAUCAACAGCAUUAUUCAACUUACAAACAUCUGGGGUUAGAUGAAUAGCCCCAGCCGCAUUAUGUUUGUAUGCAGCCAUACAAAGAUAAUCAGGGUUGCCACGGUCAGGGAAAAGUCAGGGAAAAACGAAAACUUUUGAAGGUCAGGGAAAAGUCAAGGAAAUUUUUAAAAAUCAGGGAAAAUCUUUGAUAUUGUCAAAGUCAGUGAAAAGUCAGGGAAUUCUGUUUUCCGGUUUAGAGUUCAUAAGUUUUCUUCAAGAUUUUAAAAUGCAUUUUCUUUCGGGAAAGAUGAAAAGUAUGCUGCAAAGCAAGCAAAGCAAUCAAUUUGACACUCUACGCCUAACACAUGUAGUAGUUGUGGUCAGUGGUUUUCGUUGUGAUUGCUUUCUUCCAAAUUCCUUCUUCCUCUUUCCACGAAAAGCUGAAAUGGUUGAAAAUGAAGCGAAAAAUAUCGAUAGCCUACAAAAAAGCUAAAGCGAAUGUAAACAGUGAUUGUUUCUCAUUAAUAAAGGUCAGUGAAAACUGUUUAAGGGAAUUUUUAACUUUGUGAUGAGUGACAACCAUGAUAAUGGCUGCAUACAUUGUGUUUCAAAUCAAUGGUAACUGGAAAAAAGGCGUCGUCAUCAUCCUCACUUUUUCUUUCUUGAUUUGUUUUUUCAUCAUUAGGAAAAAGUGGGAGUUGCGUGAAACGGUGGGAAAUGAAGAAAAGUGAAAAACAGAUACAUGAGAGAUUCCAACAGAAAACCGCUGGUCAUUUACAUCCGAGCAUGCCGAACUACAGUGUACCAGUGUAUGUAAGUAAAUGCAGCAACAAUCACAUUUACUUGUGACCAAUGAGGCUGUUUGGGUGACAGGUUUUUUCCUUACUAAAUUUGCUCUCGGCUGCAUGUCUUACGCCAGAGAAGAAAAGGUGUUCUUGCGCCCAUGCAUCUUUGGGAAGAAGUUGUUCAAAGAAUAUGUUAUAAUAAAUGAUCGUCAUGUUAACUUCAGUGACUUGUCCCUAGUCGUCUUCCUAUUCCUCCUUCCCAUCACUCCCUGGGCAAAAGGGUGUUUGAAUUUCGAAAGAAUUUAUUUUGUAACAUUAGGCUGCGUGCAAACGGACGCAAUAACUCCCAACAUUGUUGCGCCAACAAUUUUGGAAGUCGUUGCGUGCGUGUUGGCAGUGGUCUGCAAACGGAUGCAACAACUCCCAACAAUGUUGGGACCUGCAGUGAUCCAACAUUGUUGCGCUACGCUUCGGCGAUCACGGAACAAAAGAAAUGUUGGGAGUUGUUGGCUGAAAAGUUUGACCGGUUUCAAACUUUGCGCAACAACACGCAACAACAUCCAACAACAUGCAACAGGGUGUGCAAAUGGACGCAAGAUGUAACAUCCAACAAUGUUGCAUCCGUUUGCACGCAACCUUAUGUUAUGUAAUAAUAUAAUUCUCAUGAUCUUUCUGUAUUUGUACCGUAUCUCAUUCCAGGAAUGGACCAUCAUUAACACGUAUAAAGAUCCUGCCAAUAUCGUAUCACUGUGCCUCCCGCGGUUACCAACGCCUAAAAUAGAUUUCUCACCCAUCAGUAACGUCUUAACAUACCCUGCAUCAAUCUUGUUGGUUCAAUAUGACGAUGAUAAGCUUCAAAUGUUGACCAGGUAGUGUUUUAUUUUAAUUUUACAGUCAGUAACUGCACUAGGUAUAAGAUAAGAUUUUAAGUCGUACACUUUAGUCACUGGAAUAGUCAAAAACGUUUUUUCUAAUCAGCCCCUGGUUUAAGAGAACACUUUAAUGGCAAUAUCUGACUGCUUGUGCUGUGUAGUGAAUAAAAUGAACGCUUGUUCAAGCUCGUCAGUCAUCAGGCAGAAUUAAAUUUUAAAGCAUCUGCAACCCUGAUUGCCAUACAGUAAUCAGGUUGAUGCAUGCAUAACAGCCAAGUGGCUCUAGAGCCCUGAUAAAUGAGUUGGAGCCCUCCAUUUUAUCAUUCCAGAGUGACACCGGUCGAACGCUGUCUAAGAUAGCUUUUAUCACGAUUCAUAUGCUAAAUUUACAUGUACUUUCCUUAAGCAGAAUCAGUCUGAGAUAGUGUAACAGCGUUACUGCAAUCUUACCUUCAGUGAAGGUGAAUAAUGUAUAACAGCGAAGGCAUUAGGUUUUGUUAAUUCAUGCCUUAAAAAACCGAUCACCGUAAAAAAGCUGUUUGUCUGUCUAUCACUUAACAUUUCAUUUGCAUUUCAUUUUUUAAAGUACAAAGCAAGCAGCCUGUAAAACGAUCACACUUGACGUUCCUGCUCAUCACAUGGAUGAGGGAAAGAGAGUUUGUUACUAAACUGUUUAUUCUUUCUACCUUUUCAGUGUUGGCCUGAAACCGAUUGGCUCAUUUCGCACAAAACCUCAAAGUUCUGACGCUGACUUAGGUAGGUAUUAGUGAUGGUCCUACAUAUAUAGGUACAGAUCCUAUGUUAAUCUAUACGCACCCACAGCGUGGAACGCUUUCAGGCCCCGACCGAUAUUAUUGAAUCCGCAACUUUUUCUAUUUCGGCUCCACUACGCAGUACAACAUGAAUAGAAAAACCAUUAGGUUUAUUUUGGCUGUUCCGCCGAGCUCCGCAGAUAUAACAAUACAUUAUACAACAACUUCUAUUUCAUUCAAAUAUGUGGUGUAAGAACUAGAACAGAGCUGAGCGACAGUUUACACAGAAUACUGUCAGAACAGAGGCCAGAAAAAACCUGCCGGAAAAAAACCUCAACAAGGAAAAAAAGUCGGCAGGAAAUCUGGGUAGGAUCCAUGGCUCAUGCUCUGAAAAGCCCAUCCUACGAAGGCUACACGGCUGGAAGGUCUUUGCCCUUAUUUACAAAACAAGUAUUCCAACAAAGGACGGCAAACUCUAAAUAAUUUAAGAAAACGCAAACAAGCUAAGAAACCCCUGGAAAAAUCGAACUGCAACUAGUAAAUCAAAUAUAUACUACAAUAAAUAAAUAAAUAAAUAAUAACAUGAGCUAGACGAGGUGUCGGCCUAGAGUGCUUUCCCACGUGAUAAGCAUCCCUUUUAUAGCGCUCCAUUCUACCCAUACUGCAAUUCAACUGCCCCAGUCCCCACUGCUGCCGUGCCGCAGAAAUAUUUCAUUUCCGGCUAAUUCGUAUCCACUCAAACGCCGGAAAUUCCAUUUUCGGAUACGGCUUCCGUCCACACGUAUUCGGUGAAUCUGGCAUACGAAUCCGCAACUUUUUUAAUCGGCUCUCCAGAGUGGAAAUUUUGGAAUACGCUAUGAAUCCGGAAUCAUGUCGACGCUAAAUCCGGAUGUUUUUUUUCCAGUGACGUAACAAUUAAGAUCGAGCCCAGGGCCGGGUUGUUCAAAGCAGGGUUAACCCAGGGUUAGUGCAAAAUUUCAGUUCAGUUAUGAAAGCUUAAAAAGCAAACUCAGUUUUAUCCUUUUUAUCUACAACUUGAUGAUUUGAUGCUGUAAAAAGAAUCGAGAAAAUCAUCCGGGAAAAUGCUUUUAAACAAAGAAAAAGAAACUCAGGUUAAAAUUUAACCCUGGGUUAGCGUUAAUCGGCCUUCAAACAACUGGGCCCAGUUCUUUACCGUGAAUACUGUAUUCAAGAUGGCAACCUCGGUCCCAAGUUCUCUCAAGGAAGAGCAAGAUGCAUGCUCCGUUGCCAAUUUUUCCAAAGGAAUUCUGGGUACAAGAGUGAAUCCGAAUACCUGUCGGAUACCUGGACCGGCGAAUUCGAUUUGAAUACAGAUACGCGUGGACGUGGAAAUUUUGAAUCGAGAAAGAAAGAUGCGGAUUCAAAAAUAUCGGAUACGUGUGGACGGGGCCUCAAUCUGUUCAACUCUUCGCUACCAUUUCACUCAGUCACCUUCAUCUACCGAAAUGAGUUUCUUAAUAAGUGGUUUAGUUACUAUAUUUCAUGCUCCAAACCAUCAAUAACUAAUUAAACCUUCCACAGGUAUCCCAGCCAAGAAAGCCCGCACGUUAGGACCAAGCUACAGCCCAGGAUGCCUCGGUGCCAUCUGUUUUUCCCCUUGUUGUUGCUGCCUUAUGGGAAUUACCAUGACCGGAGAUGUGCGCAUGUUCAAACUGCAUCACCUGGCAGGCAAAGGUAAGCCUCAGUAAAUUGUAGUGAUCUCUAUCUGAUGAUCCUGGAAGGGGAAGGGAGGUUGUUUAGUUGGGUACGUCGCUUCAAUCAUUUUGAACUUCACAGAACUUCGAGAAUUUAAAGGACGUUGAUGGUACUGAAGAGACCUGACUGGAGGCAUGUUUGUUAGUCCAUAUCCCCAAUUAAUUGUGGAGAGAUACUAACCGGCGUACAAAAAUCUAGAUCAAAGUAUAUUCCUGUUCUAGAAUUGAUGCGACCAAUCGCAUGCGCCAUAAGAGUGAGCAACAGAACAUAAACACGUAAGAAGAAAACAUUGUUCACCUACUGCAUAAGUUGUUGCAAUUUCGUGCUUUUUAACGUUUUAAUAGUAUUUGCAUUUGUACGCGCAUUUGAUCUUUUCAUUUUAUUUCAUAUAAUUCAAUUAGUUAAUUAAUUAUUGAUUUUUUUGUAAGAGACAAUGGUAUUUUAUAAUGGGUGUGAGGAUGUAGUAAUCCACGAAUACUUCCGUUGCGGAGUUCAAGGAAGCGUCUGACGCGCCAAUUUUGCCAGGAUAAGACAUACAUCAGCCGAAUUUACAUGUAACGUUCCUGUUUCAGAGCGUUAGCCUGGCAGGCGCUUGGAAGUAAUGGGUGCAAGAAAGAACGAGGCGCGCGGGGAGACAUGCAUGUCUCCGACGUCGUCGCGCGGCCCGUUCUUUCCCGCAUAUUACUUCCAAGCGCCUACUACACGCGCGGGCUAUCAUUUUUUAAUAACUAUGAUCGCAUUUGUCAACAGACAGUGAAUUUCACGGUGGAAUGCGACUCAAGCGCAGCCUGACAGACUUGCUGCAAUACUGUCUUCUCACAGGAUGGGAGUGGUGGGAUGUACUUAUGGCGGCACACCUCGGAACACCAACAGGUUACAGAUUUUGUUAUUGCUUUCUUGAAUAAAACAGACAUCGGGAGAAAUGGCUAUUGAUCUCGUGACAGUAACUUACAGUCGCAGAAAGUUUGUGGGCUUUUUAUAUCCCCAACUGGCCUAUUUUUGGUCCUAACGGUAGAAGUCACUAUACAGCCCUGGCUUAAAAACGCACAGUCGGCAGCCUAGUGAGCUCCCACCAUAUCAUUGGUUACCAUGAACGCGCAGCAGUACUCUUCAUCGUGGAGUACACGGGUAACACUAACAAUAGCCGAAUCUCUACUGUUUCUCUUUUGUGUGGCCAAAUCGCACCUUUACGCUUUUAAGUGUCUCCAUACCUCACUGUUAGAAGUUUUAGGGCCUGUUUACAUGGGUUCUCCACCUCCAUAUAAACAGGCCCUCAGCGCGCAAAGUAUGAAAUCACUUGUACGCAGUCCGGGUAACUGGACAUAUAACUGACUCUAUAAUGUGUCUAAAAUUGAAAAUCAAUUCAAUCUCUCUCUCUCUCUCUUUUAAUUUGACAUCGAGAUUGAGAUUCAUUUCUGUAUGGUUGCUUGCUUGCGGCUACACUUUGUCUGUAGUAUGGGAAUAAAAUCUUUUCAAACCUGAACCAUUUACAAAUCAGCUUGUUUCAGUGAGGCAAGCCAGAGAAAAACGCCAAAAAUCAUGAAGCUUUGAACAUCUUGUCAGUGUUGCACUUUCUACUCGUAUUUUCUUUAAAAUAAUUUCACAACCCUCGGGGUUUGCGCGUUAAUAUUGGUCUUAGAAAGAGGAGGAUAAAGCCUGUCCGGUCGUCGCUUCUCUCCCUCCGAAGAAUGAUUUUCGGAGGGAGAGAAGCGACGACCGCAAAUACGUCUGUGGUCAACCCUCUCCGUUUAUAAGCCCUUCUAAAACCCUUUAUAAGCCGCUGAUGAUCGGCGGUUUACGGUUUAUGAUUUAUUCUUUUAUUCACGUCACGCAAUCUGUUGUUGCAUUACUUAGAAACACUAGAUGCGGUUUCAAGACAACUAACAGAUGAGUUCAGCAUCCAGGAAAUCGCUCAACAGCAGAUUCACUGUUCCCGUUUCAGAGCCAUCAAGGCUAGUCUCCACAAGUGUAUGAAGGACGGUGCAGGACAGGCGGUUGACUGUUACGUUCGACAGCUUCUUGUUGCCAUAGCAACGACCUUUAGGUCUCUGCUGAGAUCAUCGCACAGCGCCGCUGACCAGUUUGCUAGUAAGUUUUUCUUUUGUUGACAUAUUGAAUGACGUGACUUCCCGGCUUUCUGAAGGCAAGUGCUGUUUGAAUAGCUGGGUGGCUGUGUGGAUUGUAGCCUGUUUCAGGUUCCAAGAUACUGAAAUCAGAACUCGUGAAAAGGCCCCCACUAUCUGAGAGCCUGGAACAAACUUACUUGCAACCUGCCAAGAAUGAAAAUUCACAACCAUAAACUUUGACAACGUUUUGCACAGGGGCUCAGACACAAAAUCUAUUGGUCCCAAAUUCACAUUUGGUGCCGCACCGACCGUACAGUAAACUUAGGCCCAACACUCCUGGUCCACUCUUAAAAAAGGAGUGAACAUACUUACUUUCUGCUAGAUGAAUUUGACUUGCGAUUUAAUACCUUUCUCGUUUUCGGGUGAAAACUAGCACCGGCAAGCACAGGACUUGUCUUAAUCAACCUGAAUUUAGUUUGUUUAAUAAAUAAAUAAAUAAAUAAAUAAAUAAUGAUUUAGAGGUAACACAUCCACGUAGUGAUUCUUCGUCUAUCAUUCCUGGUCGAAUUGAAAUUUGGAAAUGUUGUUUUUUAUGAGAGGGGAGCACUCCAGCACCCGGGCAAAAAGCUCCAGGAGCAAAGUAGAGAACCAACAACAAAGUCAAACCAGAUAUGGCUGGUAGGGAUUUUAACCCGGGCCACCGUGGUGUGAGGCGAGUUCAUGAUCUCACCACUGCGCCAUUCUUGCUUGCUCCCCAAGUUAAAGUUAAUAUUUUCUUUGUUCAAUUUUUUAAAGAGAUGUCAGCAAAUCAGGAUGUGGAAGUGGACAAGGUCAUUCAAGUUUUGGAUACACGGGAACUAGCUCUAGAAAACAGUAAGCCACAGAGACUAAGGAAAUUAAAAUACUCUACAGUAUUGUUGGCAAAAAAAUAUGUUAAGUAGGGGUCUGUUGUUUAGAAUUGAGUACCGACCUGUUGAUUUCCUGAUAUAGUCGAUUCGGCGAAACAUUUUGAGAGCAGAAAUUUUUGGAUCAAUUUAGGUUUUAGGGAAAAUGCCCACCUACCUCUCCCCUAAGAUGACAUUAACACGUACUUCUCACUUAUGGCAAAAUGAUGGCUUAGGGGAGGGGUAGGUGGGCAGUUUCCCAAAAACCUAAAUUGAUCCAAAUUUUUUCCGGUAGCAGAUUUUCAAUCUGCACUUUGUAACAAUGGUAGAAGUAACCAAUAAUUAUUGGUGAAGUCUCAAGAACCCUUUAAGUGCCGAGAGUGACCAACAUCAAUUUUCUCCUUAACAAUAUCAGUACACAAUCAAGAGAAUAGGUUUUGAGAAUUGAUGAAAUAAUCACCUAAAUCUAAAUCUAAAUAUCGCUAUGUCGGCAAAAUCGUUUGGGACAUCACGCCAACUCUAAGAUAAUAAUAAAUAAAACUAUACUAGAAUAUACAAAACUAUUAAAAACUAUUAAAAAACUACUGAUAAAAAGAAAACUAAAUUAGUUUGCUUUUAAAAAUACAGAGGGAUUGGCUGGAAACAGUUUCUUCUGGAAGUUUGUUCCAUUCAGUUAUUGUCCUGGGAAAAAAAGAAAAUCUAAAAAUAUCUUUAUGUCCUUUCGGUACAAUAAAUUUAAAAUCAUGGCUUCCCCGGGUUCUCCUUUCUUUGCUUGUUUUCAAAUAAUCCCCCCAGUCCCCAUCUAGGAGGCCGUGGCACAUCUUGUACAUAGUGGAGAGCCUUGCGUGUCUUCUCAUUGUUUCAAGUGUGUCCCACUGUAGGUCUUGCAGCAUUUCCGUCACGCACCUAAGGAAAAUGCUUUGAUCUUUUGUCUAAUUCUCACCUUUUCUUAAUAUAAAUGUAUAGAGAUCAGUUAGUAGAAUUUGUAUGUGGAUAUUAGGGCUUAAAGGGUUAAUGGACAGCCAUCUCUCAGUUUUCUCAGUCGUAUUUUAGCUCGCCGAUUCUCACUUUACUGUCUUACGUUGAGAAAAUAGAGUGCCAUAAACACUCAAACGUCUUACUGAAUUUUGUUCUUUAAGCAACUGUGUUGUCCAUGUUUCCUCUCAUACAAUGGCUCACUGACCUUGCCAUGUUUGUGGUCGUUACAUUUACAAACCAUCAUAACAAGGAAUCCGCAGGGGUGAGUAGAGUGACAAGAUAUUUCGAGAAAGGUUGUCGGAAAAAAUGUGCACUCGACAAUCCCGAAAGGUAAUAUGGGAUAUGAUCAACACACUUCCUGACAGUGUAGCUGUCGAGCCUAUUUUUGUUGCAUUCCUUUAGCACUCGCAAUCAUAAGUCCAUGGCCUCUCGCAGUGCCUGAUACAGACCUUGAGAUAAGGGGGGCGGACCCGGUCAUCCAUACCCUUAGAUAAGUCCAUGUUGUAUUUGCGUGCCAUUCUUUCUCGUGCCAUUCUUUCAAAUUUCUUUGAAGAACAAAGAAUCCAAAACCACCCGCAAUACCUUUCGGGAUUGUCGCGUGCCCAUUUUUCUGACAACCUUUCUCGAAAUAGCAGUAUUCUGUAAUGGGGUUUGAUGUACGGGGUGGGCGUUAACCUGAGAUUAGGCGUCACGGAAGACAUAAUAGAGAUGCAGUCAAACCCAGUUCACGGAUACGGACACCGGGGGGCAUAGAAAGUGUUCGUAUAACCGGGGUUCAAUUUAGUGGGUUGGAUUUAGAGAAAAUUGCUGGCAGGUCUAGUUGAAAAGCUACUUGUGGAAGGUACUGUUAAGUUACUUUCAAUUACACCAAAAAAACUACAGUAAUGGCAUGGAUGCAUGUAGAAAAAAAAUUGGAACUGUUUUUGUUAGUUUGGUGUCGACUUUAUGUGGCAAGACAAACUUAUACGAUCUUUCAAGGCGCUUACUUGAUAUGUCUGAUUAACCCGAUUUGCGACAAGUACUCUCUGCAUGCGGGCAAGUUAAUUUACUGAUCAUAUCUGGUGUAAACGCACUUUCACUUGGUUUACUUGGCAAUGUGGUUUGUGACCGUUUUAGGUUAGCCUGGUUCGUGACACAAGCACUUUGAGUACAUUACGUGAAAUGCUGAUUCUCAUUCGUAUUUGGGGUCAAAGUACUCCAAAUAUACUCCCUACAAUCACUCCAUCAGCAGGUAAGUUUUGUUUUCGGUCUGUCUACUUGUCUAUUUGUUCUUUGUUUUAAUUAAGUUUUUAUUUUGCCGUUGCUCAAUUUAACAUAGACCUUUCUCAGCACGAAAACGCAAACUAGACGCGUGUGUUAGGGGAUAGGAAGGACGGCGUUCUUUAGGUUAUCUUUGAGAGAUAGAGGGAAGAAGCUGCGAGCAGCCUAAUUUUAACUAUAAUAGGUCUUGUUUUGUUUGGCGACAUAAACUGAAUGCUGAUUCAAGCAGACUAUAAAAGACAAAAUGACGCAAGUACAAUAUAAAAAAGUUAACAUGGGCAUAUAUGUUCACGCUUUCGCUCGGCGCUCUUUUUUUAAUUUUUGACUGACACGUUAUGGGGUAUUUACUUUAGAAAAGAGCUCUUGCUUAAGUCUGUCACAGUAGUACAUGAUUAGUUGUCGACCUUGUAUUUGUGCUUAACCCUUUCACACUGGUCAAAACUGCAACAUAAGCAUGGCAAGAACUAGCGUCCUUGGUAUUUUCAUACUAGUGAUUGCCAAAUGCUUAUGAGUUCUUUGUAUACCAUUUUUCAGACAAGAACGAGUCCCUGGCCUUGUUAUUCAAGAUCUUCACAAAAAUCUGGCUUCUGAGCAGACAAGCAAGCACAGAUGAACAAGAUACUGUUGUAGAGGACAGGUUGGCGGGUAUGUUGUCAUUCGCCUAAACUUGUCGUGAAGAUGAUUUUAACUGUGUCAGACUACGAGAAUUCCGCUUUGUUCCAUAGGCAUAGUGUAUUUGAGCGAGCUAAAUACGCGAGCGAGCGUGAAAAUGUUUCUCCUCGCGCGGGAGUUGAAAGAGAAGCUGGUGCAUAUGCAUUUGCGAGUAUAAAGCGGGGGGGAACUCCGAAAAUAUAUUUAUCGAACGCUAAAAAGAGGACGCAGACAGCUAGCUAAACACAGGUUCAAUUAGUCAUAUUUGACUUAGUUAGAAGUCAUCAUCUGUGCGUUACACUUACAGAAUUGAGUUGUUUUUAUUGUUGCUGUUUUCCUUACAACUGUGUCAUAUUAUUCACUUUUGUCUGAAUUUGUCUUUUAUAGCUGAAGCUGCUCCUCUUAUCCCUAACUCACCGUUUCUUCAGAAUAUGCAAAUACCAAAUUUGAAUAGAGGUAUUAUAUUGUUAAAAAUAAAUACAAAAUAAUAAUAGUAAUAAUGAUAAUGAUAAUGAUAAUGAUAAUGAUAAUGAUAAUGAUAAUGAUAAUGAUAAUAAUAAUAAUAAUAAUAAUAAUAACAACAACAACACUCUCAUGAUUCAUAGAACUGCAGUUAUUAAUACAAACAGUAAAACUGGUAUACUGUCAAAAAAUUAUAUAUUCUAUUCUCUAUCACUGCGCUCAGCCGAACAGAAAAUGUUUCUGUUAUAUUAAAGUAUGAAGAGGCAAAACAACACAAUAAUAAAUGGAGGGAGCCGCCAGCAAUCGAGAGUUUGCUUGCAAGUCUAGCUGAAAAAAAAAAUGGUGUACUGUUAAAAAGAUAUAGCUGUAUUUACAACCGCUCGACCUCUGUGUUUCAAAGUGAAAAGUUGUCUCUCGUUUUCAUUGAUUUGUUGAAAAGAAGUCCCAAUCCUUUUAUCAGUUGCAUCGAAUAAAAAUUUCCUUCCAGUUUAUUCCAGUAGUUUUCCUUAGUAUGUAAAAAAAGAAAAAUUGAUAUUUGAGAAUUAACGUCUUUUGAGAUCACUCUGUGACAGUUCAUAUAGAAGGAUGCUAUCAUCUGAGUGUUCAAUUUGAUUUCAGGUGUGUCUGGUAAAGCAGUAAGUGGACAAAUCAAACCUGCGCUGUAUCAGUUUGGUACCCAGCCUGUGUGGUGCACAUCUAAUCAGAUCUUCCACCCAUUUGCCUCCGCCAUUUUCCCAAUAGCUGCUGAUGGCUCACACACAAUAGAUGUUGUGAGGAGGAUCUUUUUGGAUAAAUCACCAGAGACUAAGCUAAAACGGUGUACUAGGUAUGUUUAGGCUCAGUCGUUAGAACUUAAGCGAUCAUUGUGAUAGCUGAGGUACGCUGCCAGAAGAGUUGAGUUCACUAUCUCUUUGUCGCUAACAUGCAUGGUUGAGAUCGCUGGACCUUUUGACCGAUUCAAGCUUAACUAAAAUAUCAUCUCUGUUAGCUAUGUCCACCGUGCUGUAAAGUGUGUAUGUCAUCGGGGCGAAUCGACUUAAUUUCAGGGCAAACGACCUCGGGCAAAUGGACUUUCGGGCGAAACAACCGCAAUUUUAAAUAUUGUGGGUAUUGUAAAGAGCAGCGCAGAAAGUUAAAGUAAGCUUGCGUCUCGAUCGACGAUAAGGAAAGUAAACAGGGAGACGAACGCAUCGAGAAUGCAUGCAGACUAAAAGUUAACGGGACUGACAGCGACUCUAUCUUCCGUGAAUUUACUAUAACUGCGAAGGCUUGCGUUCACAUCGGUAAAGCCAGCUCAAAGUUGUGAUUAGGUAUAGCCUUGUUAGUGUUCCAUCAUCAAACGCACAAAAGAGCCAAAAAAAUACAAACGAAAGUCCUGAGUCAUUUAAUGGCGCCCCUUUUAAAAGUGUUUCUUAAAAGGGCCUGCUCUUUGGCAUUCUACAAGUUGGUUUAUCAAAUAUGUGUGUCAAAUUGCAUCGCCGUAGGUUAUGGGUUAAACUGCGUAGCGCGUUUCAUUUUCAUUUUGUUACAUUACGACAUCCAUGUUCGUCUUCGCACAGAAGGAAGCACUUUUUCCUCCUAAUCUCUUGAAGGGGAAAAUAUUCAUGGUCGUGUCUCUCGUUUUGUUUUACACACACCUACAGCAAAAACCAAAAGUUCGCUUUUGUCAUCUUAGUGUUUCUCCAGACGACGAUCGGAUAGUAUCCCAUGAUGCAUCUCUCUUUAUCUUAUAUUAUCACUUAGAAUGUGACGUCAUCGUUAUUCUACAGCUCGCGCGAAGUGAAAAGUCGGAGAGCUAUUGAGUGCUUUCCAACAAGUCGAAGUUCCACAUCUGCUUUGGACAAUAACGAGUUAGUUUAUAUUCACUGCGUCUCCAAGGAGAAUUUCAGCGUCACUUUGAAAGACUUUACAUGUACUUCACUGAUCUGUCGUGAAAUUCAUGUCAGUUUUGUGGAUGCGGUGGACGAACGAAGAAUAGCUCUCGUCCCUGUGACUGUUGAAAAUUCUGCAUUAGACGAUUUAUUUGCCAGGAGUUUCUUUUAAACUCUAAGGAGUCGGAUACUUAACUCUUGCAGUUUUCCCUAUGGUACUGCGGUAGAGGGUUAUGUUCAACCUUGUCCCCUCGUCGCCUCAUACUCCCCGUGGAAGAGUAGAUAGGUUGGGGACAAGGGUAGGUGACCUUUGCCUUCUCUCCCAGGCCUCGGAUAUUUUUGAAAACGAGACUAAUUUGUCGUUUUCGAAAAGAUAGCGUCCACACGUAGCGUAUUCGAAUCGUUUUCGCCCUUCCACAAUAAAACAGAAAUAAAAUAGCAUCCCUUACAGGGCAUGCGUUGUAUGGUCCAUGUCACCUCCGUUUCCGUGCGUCCACACGAAAACGAUAAGCCGGCCAUUUCAAAAAACUCUACUCUGGGGACAGUUUUCGAAAAUCUACGCGUUUGGUGCCCGAAAACGCCGUUUGCCGUCUGUGGGACAAGCUCUGUUUUCAAAAAUAUCCGGGUACGUGUGGCCUCAACUGUCGAGGGUGGAAUUUCAGUUGCACGAGUUUAUCACGUGUUGUCUAUUAACAGGUGCAACUGUGUAGCCCUUGUGGAUGGUGUCAGUGACCAUGCUGCAUCUAAGGUCUGGGAGCAGAGAUGGGUCAGAGCAUGCGUGUGCGGAGGCAGUUGGAAAAGAUUACCCUUUAAAGAACCGCAGACGGUUGCCCAUACCACUGUUUCAGAGUAGAGUCUCAGCACUUGUGGGGUGCAAGAGAAACGACAACUACCAUGACUAGAGCUUAAACAGGAGCUUUCACUUGAGUAGAGAAAAGUGGGAUUUCAUCCACAGUUAACUCAAAACUUAGAACCACUUUGUACAGUAUGAGAAAUAGUACUUUAGGAAGCUACUACUCGAUAACUAUUUGAGUGGUCUCAGAUUUUUAGAAUUCACCCAGAGCAAAAUGCAAGCUUAAUACCAGCCUUUGAAUAAAAUUCUCCAGUUUCUCUGCCUGAUUUUCUCACCUGAUCCUGAUCUGGAAAACCUGUUCGCAGGCUGGCGUAACACAUCCUUGUAGAUAAAUACAUAAAACCUUAACUCAAGUCAAUCGCAGGAUGUGACCGCUCAACAAAAGCAAUCAUUUUAAACUCUGGUAAAAUUUAAAACCAAUAAGUGCUUUGAUUUUAAUCAUGUUGCAGGAUCUUUUUGACAACGUGGCAUGCCUAAGGGGAUGGGGUCAAAUAAGUUUUGUAUUUUUUUUAUCCUCAGUCACAAAAUGCAUGAUUCAUCUUGGAAAGUUGUCUUUCUAACAGUUUCUUAGAAUUUUGCCAAUGUCUCCUUAUAGGUGUUGUUCAACUACUGACAGUGUUUAAGGACAAUUUUGUCAUUUAUUUUGAAUGUCAUAAAAGGAUUAUUACUAACUGUUAUUCUAAAAUCAGUGUUGGUGUGAUCUUUUCCAUUCUGUAAUACUUUUACACUGUACUUUACAUGAGACCUUUCUUUAAAUGAAAAUUAUAGUUAUUC